AUGCAUUCAAUCCGCCCUCGAGUUUUGUUUCAAAGCUUGAAGGGCUUGAGUCGGAACAGCACAGCAUUGCCAGAUCGAAUCCAGUCCCCGUUACGGAUUGCAACCACCAACACAACAACCCGACUAACCCACCAGUCUGCCCGCAGUAUUGCAUCUGCAUCGCCGGAGAGGGCCUUCCAGGAGCGCGUGCAAGAGAUUUCUCAGGUCAGCAGUGACCCAUAUCCGCGCCUGGUCACAGAUGCACGCACUGUGAGCUGCGGCGAGUUUCGCACACGGUAUGGCCAACUGGGCAACAAUGAAUCAGUAGAGGAGCCGGUGGUGGUCUCUGCUGUUACUGGUAAACCACAUCGCACUGGCCGAGGCGAGCUCACGGUCGAUGCGACAGAGCUUCCUACGUUACUCGCGCCAUGUCUACACGAUAUCCCUCUUCGUGACAGUUCCCACGAGACUUCGCCCUAUCCUCGUCAUGUUCAGUUCUUGGCCAAUCCAUCGGUGGCACAGAUCAUUCGUGCGCGGUCGUCUUUGACACAGUACCUGCGCCAAUUCUUCGUGGACCGGUCGUUCAUGGAGGUCAAUACCCCCAUUAUAGGGGCCGAGGCCGGUGGUGCUAUUGCUCGGCCAUUCUCAACUUCGGCCACAGAGUUCCCGGAUCGUGAGCUGUCCUUGCGAAUUGCGCCGGAGCUGUGGCUGAAGCGGUUGGUCGUGGGGGGGGAUUCGACAAGGUCUUUGAGAUUGGCCCUUCUUUUCGCAAUGAAGUUCACGACUUGCGAAUUCUACCAGGCCUAUGCCAACCUGGAGGACUUGAUGCGCACCACCGAGGACCUUUUGUCGGGAAUGGCAUCCCAUAUUCAAGCCCUCAACGAAGAUGGCACCCUUAACCCAACGACUGCUAGCUUCGCCACGCCAUUCCGUCGCAUCGACUUCAUCGGCGGCAUUGAAGAACGUAUUCAGCGGAAACUCCCCGACCUCACCUCCCCCUCUGCCCUCGACGAGAUCCGCACUCUUUUCCACGACCUUUCCCUCCCCUUACCCGAAAACGCCACUCUCCCUCGCCUCCUCGACGAAUUGUGCAGCAUCUACGUCGAACCCGACUGCAUCGAUCCGACCUUCAUCAUCAAUCCCCCGGAAUGCCUCUCCCCGCUCUCCAAAUCCUUCACACACCCCGUUACAAAGCAAAUCGUCGCCGCACGCGGUGAACUCUUCAUCGAAGGGAAAGAAAUUGUAAAUACCUACGAAGAGGAGAACUCGCCAUUCGAGCAACGCCGCAAAUUCGAGGACCAGCUGCGCUUCGGCAAGGCCGUCGGAGAACCGGGCGAGGUGGAUGAGAAUUACCUCGAGGCCCUGGAAUGGGGACUCCCUUCCACCGGUGGCUGGGGAUGUGGCAUUGACCGACUCGCCAUGCUUUUCACAGGAGCCAAGCGUAUCGCUGAUGUGUUGCCAUUUGGCACUCUCCGUGCUGUCAGCCGUCGCACUGAGUAA